ACAGCGCGUAGGUCCUCUCUCUCUUUCCAGUCUUAUCAUCCUGUGGUGUAUUCAAUUUAGAACCACAGAGAUUUGAAACCCUAGGCCUGCGAUCUUGACCUAUUCGAACAGUUACUAUUGAAGGGAAGACCCUAAUCUGGGCUUUAUAAUCAGAGAAUGCCGAAAGGGGAGAUCCACCCAAAUCAACCCUCACAGUCUCUCGACACAACCACAACGGAGGACCCCUGCAAAAACGGUGUGAGGUGCGGUAAAUGGAUCCUUCGUUCUACCAAGUUUCGAAGAGGUAGAGGUCAACACCCAUCACUAAAGUUUCAGCCUACUACUCCACUUUCACAAAACAGGAAGCGUCCGGCUCCAUCUCCUGCGUCAUCGGCAAACUCUGUCAUAGGCGAGAACAGCAUCCCACUGUUAGGUACCACAAUUAUCAUGUCGACAAGUGGAAAUCAGGAGCACGAAGAUUCUAGCAGUGACGACGACGAGUUAAUGGACCUAGAUUUUUUGGAAAAUAUGUCGGAAAGUGAUGAGGAGGAUGAACGAAUUCCUCAACGAGUAGCCCCUUUUACUGGUCAAUCAUACACUCAGUUUUUGAUGACAAAACACCCCAAAACCAUUAAAGACGUUUUACGUGUUGACAAACAGACUUUUAAAUCAUUGGUUGCAUUGUUGGUGGAUAAGGGUCAGUUAAAUUGGGAUCAUAUGAGAUUGUCUGUAGAGGAAUCAUUGGCAAUAUUCUUAUUCAUAUGUGGACAAAGUGGACGGAUGCGACUUGCGGCUGACCGAUUUCAACAUUCCCUUGAUACCAUAAGCAGACACUUCAACCUUAUGCGUCAUGCUCUUUGUUAUGUUGGUAUGUUCAUAAUCCGACCACCUAAUCUUAACGAUACGCCUCCUCAAAUUCUCAAUGACGGAAGAUAUUACCUGUGGUUUAAGGACUGCAUUGGCGCAAUAGAUGGAACCCACAUUGAGGCUUGGGUACCGGCAUCCAAGCAAAUCGCAUUUCGUGGCAGGAAGUCCAUCAAAACUCAAAAUGUGAUGGCAGUAUGCUCAUUUGACAUGAAGUUCACUUUUGUUUACCCCGGUUGGGAAGGGAGUGCCCACGAUGGACGUGUUUUUUUAGCUGCAGUGUCGAACCCAGCCUACAACUUCCCACAUCCGCCACUGAAUAAAUAUUAUGUGGUGGAUUCCGGAUACACAAACAUGCCCGGGUAUCUAGCUCUUUAUCGAGGACGUAGGUAUCAUAGAGACCAGUGGAAUGGAAUUGAUACAAUGUUUCGGUCGCCCCAAGAGCUUUUCAACUACAAGCAUUCAUCAUUGAGGAAUGUUAUAGAACGUUGUUUCGAUGUUUUAAAAGCAAGGUUUCCAAUACUGAAAACUAUGCCUAGGUACUCAUGUGCUCGUCAACCUACAAUCGUUACUGCAUGUUAUGUGGUGCACAAUUGGAUCAUAGAGCGGCGUGGAAGAGAUGAAUUUUUUGAUGGAUAUAACGAACAUGAUUGGGAGGGAAAUGAGGAGGACAACAACGGGAAUGGCGCCGGGGAACAUGUCGGCGAGGUUGAGCCUAUCAACAUGUCACGUCAAAAUAUUCAAUUGAUGUCUAUUAGGCGGGAUGAAAUUGCGCAACAAAUUUGGGCGGACUAUUGAUGUGUUUUUUUUUUCAUGCACUAUGUUUUUUUCUUCAAAUUGUACCGUAUU